AUGGAGUCUCUAGGAGACUCCCUGGGUGGUGGAGCCUUACAAGAGCUUUAUAACGUAGCAAAGACCCUGCAGCAAUUGCAGACAUCACGCCUGCAACAAGAUUUGAAAUAUUCGACGCAGAUUGCUGCUGAACGCCAGAUGAUUCUCGAUCAGUAUCGCACUCAAUGUUCGGAAAUGAGAGUCGAUCAUGCGAUCAGACGUGGUGAGAAGACUGUCCAGCUGUGGCAAAAAUGUUCCCCUCCGUCCUUGCGCACGAAAAGCGAAGCUCGGGAGAAAAGAGAGAAAGCUCUAGCUGAAUUGAAAGAAGUUGAAGACAAGGAGAAGGUCGAUCUUGAUGUUGAGCAUGUACGUCUUACCAGAGCAGCGGAAUAUCGAAUGCACGAACAUAUCAGCGCUCUUGAGAAGAGAAGAGAGACUGAAGACAAGAAGACGGCCGACCUCAUUUUCAAAUUGAGUGGCGGUGUUCAUUAUCCGAAGAAUUUGCUAGGCCAGGUUCUUGUUGUUGACAAGUUAAUCACUUCUCAAAAUAGCCUCGCCAAGGCUAGUUCAUCCAUGUACCCCGAUUUGGCUUUAACGGAGGAUGACUUUAGACACGGCAUUGGUUUCGACGCACCCACUCUGGACUUGUACGGUAUCGAUCCAGGCGAGGGCGUCACAAAAUUUGGUCUGGUAACCCCGGAGAACAGUCCACCCUCACCACAUCGGCCUAGAUUCCGUGCUCUUGGACCGCCAGAGACACCAACUAACCCUCCUCGCAAAAGAAUCCAAUCUGUAGCUUUCGGCUCUCAUGUAGCUUUGCCAGCUACCACCGGUUUAGGACCAAUCUUGACUCCCAAUGAUUCCGCUGAGAAAUUGCCUCCCACGUUUGAGUUCCGCACAGGUGGAGUUCCUCAUACCCCGACAAAAAAGGCGCAGGAGAAUGUUUUCAUAGACCUCACAUUGGACAGCGAUAAUGAGUUCCCAGCUCACGAGAGUCACAAAGUCAACAGAGUUCUGACCAACGCUGACAGCAAUCAAGAUUGUCUUACCGCCAUCGAUGUCGCUGUCAAGACACCAAAAUCCAAGCGAAAGCUCAAGGCGAAGAAGCCAAUUGUUGGCGCAGCUGUUCGCGGUCCCAACGUUCCCACAAUUGCCAAAGAUGAAAUCCGAAUCUCACCCAAAUCAUUGGCUGCCGUGGUCGGGGAGGUCAGAAAGAAAUCCUGCGAGAUCGCAAAACCUGCAUCGGUCAGAGAAUGCACGCCAGGAUUAUUUGACUCAGAUUCCGAUUACUCUGAGACUGAGUCCCGCAAGAGACGUCGUGCUACCUCCGUCACAGCCCCCCAAAGUUCACAUCGCAAUCGCGCGGGAGCUUUGACAAUGAGCGAGUUGAUCGAGCACCCCUCUUCAGAGCUACCCUUCGCAAAGGGAACCACUUUCAAAGUUUGGGCUCGUCGUCUAUAUCUACCCCGCAAGUUGAUGAAGUUCAGCGUUAACUUCAUUCGAGCGAUCAAGGAUAACGGUGAAAUUUUGAAGUUUAAUGAUGAGACCAGCCCUGUUGGCUUUUACUUCCUGAGAAAGGCUCAUACAUUUGUGCCGGUCAUUGGUCAUAAUCACAAGGAGGAUGUCUUUCCAGAGUGGGUUUUGGAGGAAGAUGAAAUCUCACACGCACAGUACAACCAUGAGCAUGCUCUUGUGUGCUUUACCAAGACUGUUGGCCUGAACCGAGAUAUCUUGGUGAAAUUCUCUACACGAGAAGAUAUGUGGAACUUCUUGGCAGUUGCUUCUAUGGAGAUGGAGGUGAUCAUCUAUCAGAACAUCAAUCUCAAGCUUCCCAGAACAUGGAUUGCUUAG